UAGGUACUGAAAUCAACAUGAUUGCUAAGGUUGUACUUGUUUGCGCAUUCGUAGCUGUUGCUCAUGGAGUAGCCAUCUCUGUACUAGAUGGAGGACUGGGACUAGGCUUGGGUGGUCAUGGUCUUCUUGGAUCUGGAGCUCUUGUUGCUGGGCAUUCAAUUGCUGUAGCCCAACCAUCAGUCGAUUUACAUGCCCCAGCCAAUUAUCAAUUUAAAUACGGUGUCCAAGAUGCCCACACAGGUGACAACAAGCAACAGUCUGAAGUAAGAGUAGGGGAUACAGUUAAAGGAGAAUAUUCUUUAGCUGAACCAGACGGCACCAUUCGAGUUGUCAAGUACACCGCCGAUCCUCACAAUGGUUUCAACGCUGUAGUUAGUCGAGUUGGACAUGCCGCCCACCCUCAAGUAGUCCAAAAAACUGUAGUAGCUGCUCCAGUAAUUAGCCAUGCUCCGAUCCUCGCUCACGCUCCAGUUAUUGGCCACGGAAUUGGACUUGACUUGGGAUUAGGACUUCAUUAAUUUUAUUUUGACUGAUCGUACUCCACAUUUUUUACUAUUUUACUAUUUAUCCGUCAAUCUUUUAACACAUGAUUGCAAUCUGAGCAUAUUUUAAAAAACAGCAUCAAAUAGGCUCCAUAAUUUAAAUAAAAUAUUAAACACCAUAUUUUUAGAAUAUUUAAAUACAAUUUUUGACUAAACUUUAUUUCGUUUUUACAGUUAAAAUAUUAUUUAUUCUAAAUUGAAAUAUUUAAUCUAAGGAUAAAUAGUAAAUUAUUAUAAAUGUAUUUCUUGUCUCUGCUGCCAUUGCUCACUAGUUGGUUCGUUGCUCAUCCCAGUAUUUUUAGUUUAGAGAAUAGUUAUAGUAAGAUGUAUGUGUAAUAAAUAAAUAAUAGGUAAUAAU